AUGAACUUGCUAAUUGACCGGAUGGAGAAUCCCGGAUCGAGGAACUGUACCCUGUUACCUCCUUCAUUCCCAAGAGGCUUUUGUAAGGGAAGAAGGGCUUCCAGUGGCGACGCAGUGAAGAUAAAAGAAUCCGGUCUACAGCCGCAGCCGCAGCCGGAACCUCUACAAGCUAAAACAAAUGUUGCACACUUUUCGAAAUCAUCUUCUAGAUUACCUGUCAUAGCAGUGAAUGAUAAUCCGGUGGUCCCAAGACCAAGCACUGAAGUAAACUUGGGAUCGUUGUUACAAAAGGAAAGGGAGAAAGAAAAGGAGGAACAGCCUGCGCUGCAUGAUAGGAGACAUUUAUAUGUGACAAAGAAUAGGGCACAUGGGGUACGACAACGUUCAUUGGAAAUGACUAGCUUACCUGUCCUGGGAUCGACCAAAACCGGGAAGUUUAGCGAUUUUUUGUUUGAAGAUGACAUCGAUAACAGAGUAGGUCGACACAGUAGAUCAUAUAGUGGGGCAUCCAGUUUGGAUGAUCCAUUCAGAGUGUCGCCGAAAACCGACUUCAACUCUAAUAGGGCCAGAUUGUCUUGCCUUAGUAAAGGACGUCGUGGUUCGAUGUCCGUUUUCCAAAGCUGUCAUACUGGGCUAGCUUUCAAUCAAAUACAGGGUUCCUCCUCUUCGCAACGUAGAUCAUCCGCUGGUUCUUUUGAUUAUGAGAGGAAACGAUUGGUUAACCAAUUUUUACAGCCUUCUUUGGGAAAUUCAGACCCAUUUGAUACGUUGAGGGAGUCGGUAGUGUUUGAGCCCUCAUCCACCGCUGGCGGCAUUAAAUUAGGGAAUAUGCAUUCUCAAUCACAAAUUUCCGUAAACUCCUCCCCCAGCACAUCUUUGUUUUAUCAUGAUUUGGACGGUUCUGCUGUCAACGAUUCUUCGUCAUUUCUGUAUUCCCGUUCUAAUGUACCAGCAUUUUUGUCGUCAUCAGCCUUUUCGUCCACGUCAUCCACCUCAUCAGAUUCAGAAGAUGUGGAUAGAAGAAGUUUAAACGGUGUAUAUCCCUCUUUAGGAUAUUUGACUAACCAGAGGAAACCAAGGAAUUCAUCAGGCUCUUCCACUGCACCUGGCACCGAUACCUUGGGAUUUAAGUAUUUACUGAAUAGGCAGAAGUCAGCGGAUUCUUCCACUAGGUUCAAGAGUGUACUGAAGGUGAACAAUAAUAAUGGCUCCGCAGCCACUCCUGAUUCUAGCUCAAACUCUAUUUCGAAGAGCAACUCAAAUUUGAAUGAUAACAUUGAUGAAUUGAAUUAUUAUCAAAAUCAUAUUUCGACACUUCUAGUGAAGAUCGAGAAUGAGAUGAGAAGAAAUUUAAACGAUACAAUAAUCAAGAAUGAAAACAACGUUCAAAAAACUAUCCAAAAGUAUGAUCUUCUAUCAGGAGAGUUAACCCUUUUAUUAGACGAAAUGACCACCUUGCGAACCACGGUGAUUAAUCAAUUCUUGGUCAAGUUGAAAUCAGACUUUGACGAGGAUGACAAUAAGGCGUUUAUUAAUGAAUUAAAGAUAUCAGUCGAAGAAAGUGUAGCGCAAUUACAAGGAUUGGAAAGGAGAAUGGAGGUUUGCCAAGAGAGAUUAAAUAAACAAAAGUCCUCUCUAAGGGAAAUGGAUAGUUUGAUAGAGCUGAAAAACGUGUUAAAUAAAUCGAAGAACAACACGAAAUCCAUCUACCUGUAUAGGUAUUUCAUCAUUGACAUUAUUGCAUUUCUUUUGAUGGGCGGCUUUAUCGUUUACGUCAAGAAUUUGUUAACUCGUUUUUUUACUCGUUAA